UCACAUUUUGCACUGCCAACACAAACCUGUAAACCCCACCUCCCAAUCGGCCCCAUUUGUUUACUUGGAUAUCGACAUCACCAGAAAAAGAGGAAAAAGCAGAAAAAGAGCGCCACGGCCAACCACGGACUGUGACACCACUCCAAGUCUUUUAACACCCACCCGGCUGCACGCGUUAGCUUUGUGCAUACAUUAACCCCCCAUAUACCCAACCCGACCACUGGCCGGCAACCCACUCACGGCCCAACACCCCACCUCUUUCUUGCAUCUGCAGUUUCCCGACACACCCGCCGCGGCCCCCCGACAGGAGAAGUCCACGCGCAGGACACACGGCGCCCAUUGCUUCUGCAUGGAGGAUAAUAAGAGCACCCCUCAGGUCUUGACCGUCGAGAUCCCCUCCGACAAGGCAGAGGUCGACGCCCCACAAGUAUGAACAUCCCAGGCGAAGGUGUCGAGUUCUGUCCCGUCCGGACGAACCCGCAUUGGUCCCAGACCCACUAUGACCGCGUCCAGUUCGCCGAUUUUAAUUAUGUGCAGGUAGCCCAGUAUGGGGAGGUCAAGUACUUCCAGCCGUCAGACUCGGAGGACGACAACGCGCCUGAGGUAGAUGCCGAUGACAACGGUGACGGUGAGUUCCUGGCGUCCACCGCUAAGGAGAGCUCCCUUACUGAUGGAUCCCGGUGCUAGAUGUGGAGGCGGAGGGCAAGCCCAC